UAAUAUUCAGAUUCAAUGAAGAAGGUUGUUUAUCGAUCGCCAGUGACGUCAGAAACAUUGCCCGAUUACAACGUGGAGUCUGCACAGAACUCUGACCAUGUAACACAGGGGACGAUGGGGAUCCUCGGGACCACGGACAGGGGUGGGGGAACUACCCCACACACUACCACCCCCGGGUCAGCGCUGGACACCGACCAACCGUGGUAUAAAGAUAAGAACCUCCUGGUAACCAUAGGCUAUGUCGCCGGGAUCAUCACAUUUGUCGCCUUUUUGAUUCUCAUACUUUUUCUCUGUCGCUCAUGGAAGAAGCGAAGAAAAUGGAAAAGUGAAUGGGACGAAUCCAACCAUAUACUGGAAUCCAAAUCAGCUCCCAUCUCAAGAAAUCCUUCCCCUAAACCAGUGAAGCGAAAGUCGUGUCCGGACGUUUCGCCGGAUGCGCGUGGAAUUGUCGUCCGGUCCAUGACGAUUGACAAUGUUCCCGAAUUUUCCCUUCCACCCGAGAGAAUUCAGCCCCGGAGUGGAUACGACAGCAUUCAGAGCCCCACAAAACAACACUCAGCACACAACUUUGUGGGCCACGUGCAGCCAGAUCUCUACAAGUACACCCACUGCUCCGAUGAGGAGUCAUUGUAUCUAGCGCCCAGUGCUCACGGAAGACUCUGGUUUUCCGUGCUGCAUGACGUCGCUGUGGAACAAGUUCACGUGACUUUGGUUAAAGUUCGGGAACUGCCGGGUAGAGGAAGAGAUAAUAGUCCCAGAGACCCCUUUGUUAAGAUGUUUCUCCUUCCAGACGAACGCUGCUGCAAAAUCUCCAAAGUCAGAAGGAAAACCCUUUCCCCGGUUUAUAAUGAAACAUUUACUUUUCAGGUUUCUUCAGACAAUAUGAAGAACCGAGUGCUGCGUUUCUCUGUGUAUGACGUAGACAAGCGAAGGGUACGUCAUUCCCUGGGUCAUAUUUUGGUUCCUCUGCAAGACCUUGACCUUACAAAGGGCGACGUCAUGUACAGAGAUUUAGAGCCCAAUUCACAGGUUUACUCAUCCAUGGGGGAAGUAAAUAUAGGCCUUACGUACAUGCCUAGUGUUGAAAAAAUAAAAGUGGUCAUCAUAAAAGCUAGAAAUCUUCGACAGAUCGACAUUGAUCAAAACAGACAUGUCUUUGUGCGCUUACAGAUGUUACACGGUCGUAAAGUUUGCAAGACUAAGAAUACGAUGCAGCAGAGAGCCUCCACUGAGCCAACCUUUAACGAGUCCUUCUCGUUCUCUGUGUCGGGGAAGCUGGUCGACACAUGUAGUUUUGAAAUCUCUCUUAUGACUACAACUAAGACGCCGUUCAGUCAUGACGAAAUCUAUGGAAAGACUGUGAUUGGUUCAUUCAUGUUCGCGCGUGGCGAGGAACUUCUGCACUGGCAGGAGAUGGUGAACCACCCCCGGACGUCCGUGGUCAAAUGGCACCAAUUAUCGGGUUCUACCCACCACAGUUAGAAAUGAUCAAUUCAACCCCGUCACAAAUAACACAAUCAAACCCGGGUGUCCUGCAAGUUUACAAACACGACACCAUUGUCCUUCCAAAGUUAUCGUUUUGAAAAGAAACAGUUUCGAAUUAAAUAUUAUAAUAGAU